AUGGGCAGUCAGUCUUCAUGCUGCACCCAAACAAAUAUCUAGCAGGUUUAUAUAAAUGAAAUCAACUUGUCUGACCAUAAUUAAAUGAUGAUUAGAGAAUCUACAAUGAAAUUCGAUAAUCAAGACGAGAUUUCUGACAACGUCACUUUGAUCACUGAGAAAAAAACAACAAAAUUAAUUUAGUAAUUUAAUAUAAGUGUGGGUCCUCAUAUAGAUGAAUAAGCGUACGAGCAGAAGACUUCUACAAAAUAAUUUUACACAAUGCAAGAGAGUUUGAAGGAAAUUGAAAAACUAGGACCUUAAUAUGGUUAUACCAAGAGCGAUACAACAUUAAGUCAGGGAGAUUAUGAUAUGGGAUCAAAAUAUACUACUGGAGGUAAAUAUACUUAUAAUGAUUUAUCAUCGAAUUACAGUGCAGCAAUAUAACUAAACGAUCCUGCUUACAUCAGAAAAGGGGACCUUCUAGAUCCAAAUGGAAGCACGUGUAGCGCUCUUCAUUAACACACAGGACAUUUAUAUGCAGUAAAAACUUACAAAAAGGAUUAGUAUGAUGGGUUUAUACGCGAUUAAAUUACAGAGUAAAAAUGGAUUGACGCUUCUUAGAAGUGCUCAAAUCUCUGCAGAUGCUAUUGCAUUUAUCAGCAAGAAAAUGGUCUUGAUGUCGUCUAUGAGCACAUUAGUGGGGAAUCUAUUUAAAAAAUAAUAUAAAGCUUUAAUACCUUUUAAGAGAAACUGAUUACAAUUUUUGCUAGACAAAUUUUUAAGGGCAUUGAUUUUCUUCAUAGCUAUGGUCUAGUCCAUGGCAAUCUUAAGGCUUCAAAUAUAUUGAUUGAUAACGAUGCUAUCAUUAAAAUAACUGACUUGAAUAUCUUUAAAAAAUCUAUUCAAGUUAUGGACUACUUGAAGUCUACAAGCAGUGCCCCAGAAACUUUGUUAUAUAAUGAGCUGACCACAAAAUCUGAUAUAUGGAGUGCUGGAAUAGUAAUAUUAGAAAUGAUGGCUGGUAAUCCAUGGGUAUUGAAAACAGGCGAUCUAAUGACUAGAGAUUAAGUUAUUAAAGCUUUAAAAGAAAAUAAAAAAUUUUAGAUUCCAAUCAAAAUUAAGAAGGAUUUUUAAGAUUUCUUGAAUAGCAUCCUAUAAAUUGAUCCCGCAAAGAGACUUUCGGCAGCAGAACUUUUAAAGCACAAAUUUUUAAAAGAUGCUGAACAAGAAGAGAGGAGUCUUUAACUUCAAGUUUCAAUGAAAGACAAAACAAUAUAUUCGCAAACAUCUCAAUUGUCGAGAAAAGGCGGUAGAGCUAAUUCAAAGCUCUAUGAAAUUAGUGGAAAUUCUACUAACAAUACAUAAUAUCAUGAACUGAAGUCAUUUAAGUCGCAAAAGAGUGAUGGAGCUACAAAUAAAGGCAAAUAUAUGAACUCUAAAUUCCUUCCUUCACCAUCUAGCACAUCAAUAAGAGACCUAAAUCCCGACGAAAUCAGUAAAAGAUUAGAUCCUCACUCUCCAAUGGAAAAAUAUUAAUUACUAGCUAAUAAAAGUCUUAAAACUCCUACAAAUUUACCUAAAAAAUUAACCAACGAACCACUUGCUAGAGGAGCUACCACUGGCAGUAAAGUGUCAUAUAUAAAAAUGCUCUCAGUAGAUGAUAAUUAGUCCUUUGUUGAUGAUAAAUCUUUUAGCAAUUCUUAAAUUUUUAACUUCAUUCAGCCUAAUCCUCAAGCGGCUAUCAUAAUCGCCAAUUCUGUUCUAGAGGAUGGAGAAAAAGGAGACGAAUAAAUAUAAGACAACUUACAAUUUAUUGAAUUGAAAAUGAAAUAGAUUUUAGAAAUUUCAGACUAUCCAAAUAGCGAAAUGGUGUCUAUGCCUCCUUCUCCAAAUGCACACUAGGAUAAUAGAGAGAAUAACUUCUCAUUUAUAAAGAUUCCAACAAAUUAAUUAAAUACUCAACAUAAUAAUGUGAAUAUGAAUGCUUAUAAUAACAGCAGUAGCUUAAAUAAUAACUUUAAUAAUAACGGGAAUGGUAGUAGUGGUAUUUAAAAUAACUAUAACACAAACAGUUUUUCAAUGAGUUAAUAGUAUAAUAGCAAUUUAUAAAAUAACUUGCAAAUAAAAACUUAAUCAACUAUAUAAAACUCGCUUAAACUCAAAGUAAAUGAUUAACCUAUAGAAGGAGAUUAUUAUUCUGUAUCAGCUCCAAGCAGCUAACCAAUUAUUAAAAUAAAUUGA